AUGAGCGAGUUCUGGAUCUGGAGCAAUUCGCUCUUUGGUGAGAUCUCGCUGGACUUCUUCACAAAUUGGACGGAGCUUAUUGCCUUUGAUAUAGGGAACAACAAGUUCGUUGGACGAAUCCCACCGGAGAUUGGAUGGGCCACAAAGCUGCAAAUCCUAUUCCUCUGGAGCAACAACCUAUCAGGUCCGAUCCCUCCAAAGAUUGGGAGGUUGGUCGACUUGCAGGAAUUGAAUCUGUCGGAAAAUUUUCUUACCGGUCCAAUUCCCAGAUCAAUAGGAAACCUCACACGGCUCAUUUAUCUGGCCCUCGUCUACAACAACCUGAACGGCACCAUCCCAUCAGAGAUCGGAAACAUGACGGCACUGAUUUAUCUCUAUAUUUCAGGAAGCAAAAUCACUAGUCCGAUACCAAGCAAGCUUGGUAAUCUUGUUCAGCUCCAAUCACUGCGCGUGAACAAUAACAGUCUGAUUGGUCCGAUACCAACCGAGCUUGGUAAUCUUACCCUGCUCCGAUCACUGCACUUGAACAAUAACAGAUUGAUUGGUCCGAUACCAACCGAGCUUGGUAAUCUUACCCUGCUCCGAUCAUUGCACUUGAACAAUAACAGUUUGAUUGGUCCGAUACCAACCGAGCUUGGUAAUCUUGCCCAGCUCCAAUCACUGCACUUGAGCAACAACAGUUUGAUUGGAGAAAUACCUUCUUCAUUGAAGAACUGCAAGCAGCUGGUUGUUUUGGACCUCGGGGAGAAUGGAAUCUAUGGAAAUAUUCCAGAAUGGUUAGGAGAGAAACUUUCAUCAUUGAGGGUCCUCCGUCUAACAUCGAAUAUGUUAAGUGGUAGCAUUCCUCCUCAGCUAUCACUUCUAUCUUCGCUUCAGCUCUUAGACCUUGCACACAAUAAUAUCUCUGGAAGUAUCCCGCAGAGUUUGGGCAAUCUCACCGCAAUGGCAGAAGGCAUUCAAGAAAGAAAAAAAACAACGAACUUCUCUUACCCCGUUUACUACAGUAACAGCGUUUCCAUAGUCUGGAAAGGAAGAGAGGUUGCUUUUCAAAACAGGCUUUCAUUAGUUGUGGGAAUCGAUCUUUCCGAGAAUUAUCUCCGUCAUGCGAUUCCUACAGAGCUAACAAAUCUUUCAGAGCUAGUUUUUCUGAAUCUCUCAAGGAAUCUUUUGGAUGGAAGUAUUCCAGAGAUGAUCGGUAACUUAAAAAAACUAGAAAUUCUUGACCUGUCCAUGAAUUACUUAUCAAGUACAAUUCCUCUGAGCAUCACUUCUCUGACAUUCUUAGAUUCCUUCAACCUAUCAAACAACCACUUGUCGGGGCGGAUACCAUCCGGCAAUCAACUACAAACACUUGAUGAUCCAUCCAUCUAUAGUGGCAAUAGUGAACUUUGUGGAUUUCCCCUCACCAAAAGUUGUUCAAGUAUCCAAGCAUCCGAUGUUCAAUUGUCAACUGAUGAUGAUGAUGAAAAAAUAUGGUUGUAUCUUAGCAUAGGACUAGGAUUUGUGGUGGGAUCUUGGGGGUUCUUUGGUAUUUUAUUCUUUAAGAGAUCCUUGAGGCUUGCCUAUUUCCGAUACAUUGAUGAUGUAUAUGAUAGCUUCUCUAGGAUAUUAAUGAGGUGA